AAUUGCACUCUGACAGCUGUACAAAUGCAUCAUCCAACAUGAAGCUAUCGAAGGCAUCAUCCUGGGUGCAGCAGAUUGGGAUAUUGCGAACGGGAAAACGUGGGGUUUGUGGGAUGCCCAAUGCACCACUCGCCACCAUGUGCUUCGCUCUAUUAAGCGAUUCAGGGUCCUCUUAUUUCCCUUAGGUCAAACUUGGUCAAUACCAUCGAAACCAAUUUGGACCUGAAGAUGCGCGCUGCAAAUCCUUCCGUCGACCCGGUAAACGUUGUUCAAGCACUCGUAUACACCUUGUUAGAUGUUUUCGACGCUACUAGAGAUCUGCAUCAGACUUUGAGGGUCAAGGAGAAGAGAGAAUACGAGCAAAGUCUUAGGGCGAAAGGAUAUCCGAGUUCCAGGAGAAUCGAGUAUGUAGAAGAUGACGAAUUCGAUGGCGAUGAAGCCAUCGUUAUGGACAAGGCAGCAAUCAAACGACAAUAUGAACUUGGAUGUCAGGAGAUUGGUACUCAGUUUGCUGUCGGCGACGUACUUUCGCAUACCGCCCUCCAGUCCCAGAUCAUCACACUCCAGAGUGUUUUAGUAACAACGUUCUUGUAUGGACCUACGUCGUCGAGCUCUGUGUCACAUCAGCUGUCAAAUCUCGGUAAAUCUUCACGAACAGCAGGAACUACAUGUGUCGAUAUCCUUGCGGCCCAACAACAACGUCAACGGGUCACCUUACCCUCCGUUACUCGUUCAAGACGAUCUACAAUCGCACACACGAGCCCUACCAAAACCCUGUUAUAUCCAACAACAAUCAACGGCGCAAGUUCAGUCUCAACAACUCUUGUGGAAUCACGCCAUGAGCCUCUGCGAGUACGAAGUGGAAGUCCGGCCAACACCACGAUACUCGAAUGGCAAAGCCAACUCAAGCCAGAGAGAGCUGAUACAGACAUCACGUCGCUUGCAGGAUCAACGUCUUACGGUGUUAAAUCUGCCUCUCCCACCUUGUACUGCCCCUACGCUCUUGAUCUGCAACGAUACCGCGAUCAAUCGCUGUCAUCAUGUAUCACUUCAAACCCAUCGCCUUAUUGCCCAGACUGCAAACGGACACUACAUCUUUCGUCUGGAAAAGCAUGGGAGCUCUUCAAGAAUGACAAAGACGGCUUCGAACGAUGUUUCCAGGUCUCGAAUCGUUUCGCUGUAAAAUGCCAUCGUGACGGAGCCAAUGGAGGCUACUCGUGCGUGCUAUGCUCGGAAAAUGCCAGCGUCGAAACUGUCUGUGGUGAUGUGAAGGCACUCAUCAAACACAUCUGGGAAGACCACGAUGCCAGCGAGCUCAAACGAGAGGAGGAUAUUACGGAAGUCAUCGAGUCCAUCGAACGUCGAAGGGAUAGCGGGUUGGACUAUGAUGCGCCGCGUAGCAGUAGAAGAAGUGGUAGUUGGGGGUCAAGAAGACGUCCUAGCAGACCAGAUAUUGAACGCGAAGUGGAGGCGUUGGAGAUCAGAAGAUCCUCGAGACGGUGAGCCUGAACAAGUUUUGCGUUCGCGAUUUCCGAUUGUUCCUUCUUUUUUAUCACAUAUUUUCAUACUCAUCGAGAUUUAUUUUACCGCAUUCUAAAGUUCGACCACAUGACGAGCGCCGCGCUCGUCAAGCCUUGUCUUCGUUGUCAGCAUAUCAGGCUGUCAUUCACCCAAAGUGUCAGCUCAGUCUCACCUUCUACUCACGCGCUGAAACGGGUGAUCCACGCAGUUUAUCCUGAAAUCUUCGCAAUCAUGCAAUCGUGCAAUCCUAGCG